ACGUAUAGUAAAAUUUGAGGCCCGAUACAUUCAUGGCUCAUCAGGUGGUGCCUUUCAACUCUUGCAGCUGCGGUAUAGUUGCGGCACUAUUUACUUAUAUAUAAAUGAUAAUAUUGAUUUUGUAUUUUUUAGAUCAUACUAUUUAUUUAAUUGUUGUUGUGUUCAAGUUGUUAUUGUUUUUAUCGCUAUUUAAAUCACCAGUUUAGUAAUAUCGUCAUUAUUGAACUUGUAUAAUAUAAUAACAAUACAUACCUAUUGUUAUAAUUUUUUCAAAUUUAAAAAACAAUUAAAAUUAAUUUUUACAUUUAUUCGUUGUUGAUACUUUAUCAAUUUUUUCUAUAUUUCACGUAUUCAGGCAGGUAUUACCGAAGAUGACAAACAGUGGUCUUUAUUGAGUGAUCAGAGCCAAUUAGGUUAGUAUUAAUUUAAUAAUUGCAGUUAUUUUCUGGUCCCCAUUCGUCGUAGCCGAUUCACUAAGAGCUGAUAAAGUGCAGAAAAGGUUUCUGAAUUAUACCGGGUACCGUUUAAAGUUAAAACAUAUAGUUCAUUCACCUCACAAUUAUCAGCCUAUAAAUGAAAGGUUCUCUGUCUUAUAUCUCAGUCAUCUAGAUGUCAGACCCUUAGUUAUAAUUUUUUACGUAAAACAUAAAAAAAAAUUGAUUAAGUAUCAACAACGUACCUAUAAAUGUAAAAAUGCAUUUUAAUUGUUUUUGAAAUUUGAAAAAAUUAUAAGAAUAUGUAUUUCGAUAAUAUUUACCCGAUUUAUUUAUAAGAAUUGAAAGACAAGAAAUUUCACUUUUCUAUUAUCGAAAAGUAAAAGAAAAAUUAAUUAAAAUUAAUGGAGAAAUGGCAAAAAAAAAUAUAUAUAUACAAUGAAUCAAUUUUAUUAAAAAAUAAAGACAGGUUACAAGCAGUUUUAAAAUAUCAGAAAUACUAAAUGGAAAAGAAAACACAGAUGAAUUACCUGAAAAUUUGUGAUAAAGUAAUCUCAUAUGUAUGAAAAACUGUCCAGUUAACAUCGUUGACGUCGAACGUUCGUUUUCAGUGUACAAAAAUGUACUCACUUUCAAUUAAAAAAUAUCAAACAAUUUUUAAUUGUUCAAUGCAAUUUCCAAAGAAAAAUAAUAUUAAAAGAUAACACCAAAGAAAACUGAAACUUUUAACUGUUUUAUGUAUUAAUGCAUAUAAAUACUUAUUUUUAUACACACUUUAUAUUUAAAAUAAAAUAAAAUAAUUUAAUGAUAUAUUCAAGUGUAUAUAAUUUUUUUUAUGUAUAGUAUUUUCGUACAUAUUUGAUGAUAUUUUAAUUUGCGUGUAUAUUUUUAUGAUUUUCAAUGCAAUAAGCCCCAAUAAGUCAUCAUUUUUAGUAUAAUUAAUAAUAAUUAUUAUAAAAGGUAUAUUUAAUCCAUUUUAUGUAACUAUUUAACUUUUGAGCAAUAGAUAUCCAGAAUAUCCAGAAUCUUUUGAAACAUCUUGAUUUUAAUUUUUUUUGCUUACUGAAUUUAUGGAAUGAAAUAUUGACAACAAUUAAUCGCGUUAAUUUAGCUUUACAGAAGAAAAGUUUAACGAUUGAUAGCGCAACCAAAAUGGUUAAAGGUUUAAUUUUAUCAAUACAAACAAUGCGAAAUGAAGGAAUUGAUAAGGCAAUUGAAUUUGGUCAAAUUAUUGCUAAUGAUCUCGGUGUUAAAGCAAAUUUUUCUGAUAAACGAAAGAGAAAAGUAAAAAAAUUAGAUUUUGAAUUAAUUGAAGAUGAUUUGCAAGUUUUAUCUCAACAGAACGAAUUAAAAAAAGAUAUUUUUGAAGUGUAUGAUCGAAUUCUUACAGAAUUAUAUAAUCGAUUUGAAAAUAUGUCUGAAAUUAAUGAAAAUUUUGGAUUUUUGUAUGGUAGUAGCCUAAUGGACCACUCUAUGGAAUAUAUACAAAAAUGUGCAGCUGACUUAUCUUUAAAAUAUGAAACUGACUUAAAUUCUUCCGAUUUUAUCUCUGAAAUAAAAGAUUUUAAAUGUCAAGCAUUUUCUCUUUUACCUGACUUAAGAGCCGCAACACCAUUAGCCUUACUUCAAUUAAUUACAACAUAUUCUUUACGUGCUGAAUAUCCAAAUAUGGAAACAGCUUUACGCAUAUUCUUGACUUUACCAAUAACUGUGGCGACGUGUGAAAGAUCAUUCAGUAAGUUAAAGCUCAUAAAAAACUAUUUAAGGUCUACAAUGGGACAAGAACGAAUAUCCGAUAUGGCUAUUUUAUCCAUUGAACAUACGUUGGUAAAUACUUUGGAUAUAAACGAACUAAUUGAAGACUUUGCUGGGAAAAAAGCUAGAAAAAUUUCAAUUUAAAUGUUAGUUAUAAGUAAAAGCAAUAACCAAUAUUAUGUAUUUAUAUAUUUACUUAUGCUGUAUUAUAUUAUAUUUUAUUAUAUAUAUAUAUAUUAAUAUUAUACUUAUGAGUGUUAUUAUGUUAAGCUUAUUAUUUUUAAGUGCAUUUAUAUUUUAAAAAGUUAUUGGUUUUAAUAAAAUUAAAAAAAGCUCAUAUAAUUAUAAGGAAAUAACAUUAUUUAAAUAGUAUAUAUAAACAAUAUUCAAUUUUGAGUUUUUAAUAAAUAAAAAAAAAAUAUAUAUAUAAAGGCGCAUUUUUGAGUUUCGCCCCGGGUACAAUAUUUAGUUGCUACGGCACUGGAUAUCCUCUUAUUGUAAAACAGUUUGAAUAGUUUAAUAGUAUAAAUAGAUAAUACCUUAAAAAUAAUUAACGUGUUUUGAAAAUAGUAAAAGUUUUAUUUAUAAAAAAAUAGUCAGGAUUGUAUAUUCUUAAGAUUUUUUAACUUUAGAAUGAAAUACUUAAGAAGAGAAUUGUAUUACAUUUUUAAACCU